GCAGUGCCGAGUUUGCCUCUGCGCGCGUCGGUGUUGGCGGCGGCGCCUGCGGCAAGUUCCUGAGGGGCGCCCGCGGGGGGCGUCUGCUCCGAGCGCCGAGAAGCCGAGCGGAGGAGGCGUCCCCGGGAGACGCAGGGGAGGCCGGCCGGCCUGCACAGGGCACUCCCGCCUCGGGGGCCCUGUCUGGCGCCUGAGCGCGCGCCCCAAUGGUCACCUGCGCCCACCUGGGCCGGCGCGCGCGGCUCCCAGCAGCUCAGCCCUCUGCCUGCCCAGGAACCUACUUUUCCCAAGAGGAGAGAAUGGCUGCUGGGUACCUGCCCCGCUGGUCCCAGGAAUUAGUAACCUUUGAGGACGUGUCCGUGGACUUCUCCCAGGAGGAGUGGGAGUUGCUGGAGCCUGCUCAGAAGAACCUGUACAGAGAGGUGAUGCUGGAGAACUACAGGAACAUGGUCUCCCUGGAAGCCUUGAAGAACCAAUGUACUGAUGUGGGGAUUAAGGAGGGUCCGCUUUCCCCAGCACAAACCUCACAAGUCACUAGUCUUUCCUCGUGGACGGGGUAUUUAUGUUUUCAACCAGUGGCUUCUUCCCAUUUGGAGCAAAGAGAAGCCCUGUGGAUGGAGGAAAAAGGAACUCCUCAAGCCUCCUGUUCAGAUGGGAUGACUGUACUAAGAAACCAAGACUCAACUUACAAGAAGGUGGUUUUGCAGGAGGAACCAGCCAGUGGUAUAAAUAUGAUAAAGCUUAUCAGAGAAGACAGGGGUUGGAAGCAAUUAGAGGAGAGCCAUGAAGACCCCCAGGGGCUUUGGAGCCAAAAGGCAUCCCUCCACGUAGUGGCCAUUCCUCAGGAGAAGGCUACUGCAUGGCAUGGAUUUGGGGAAAAUGGUAAUCUGAGCCCAGCCCUUGUUUUAUCACAGGGAAGCUCUAAAGGGAACCACUUGUGUGGCAGUGAGUUAGAUAUUACAAGCUCGGCAUCCGAUUCAGUCUUAAACCACCAUCAGAUGGGAUAUGCAGAUCAGAGACCCUGUGAAAGUAAUGAAUGUGGAAAUGCCAUCAGCCAGAACAGUCACUUUAUUCAACACGAGGGGAAAAUGUUUGUGUAUUUGGAAAAUGGGCAGUCAUUGAACCAUGGUAUGGCCCUGACUAUCCACAACAAAAUCAACACGGUAGAGAAACCCUUUGAGUGCCACCAGUGCGGGAAGGUGUUCAACCGGAGGCAUUCUUUGAGUGAACAUCAAAGAAUUCACACGGGAGAGAAACCCUAUGAGUGUCAGGAGUGUGGGCGCGCCUUUACGCACAGCUCCACCCUCACGCGCCAUCUGAGAACUCAUACUGGAGAGAAGCCCUACGCGUGCGGCGACUGUGGGAAAGCCUUCAACAGGAUCUCAUCGCUGACUCAGCAUCAGAGGAUUCACACCGGGGAAAAGCCCUAUAAAUGCGAAGACUGUGGGAAAUCCUUCUGCCAGAGUUCUUACCUGAUCUUGCACAAGAGGACACACACCGGAGAGAAGCCCUACGAAUGCAGUGAAUGUGGAAAGGCCUUCAGCGACCGUUCCUCUCUCAACCAGCACGAGCGAACUCACACGGGCGAGAACCCCUAUGAAUGUAAGCAGUGUGGGAGAGCCUUCAGCCAGAGGUCUUCCCUUGUGAGGCACGAGAGAACUCACACAGGAGAGAAACCCUACAGGUGUCAGGAAUGUGGGAAAGCCUUCAGCCAGAGCUCGUCCCUUGUCACACAUCAGAAAACUCACAGCAGCCAGAAAACCUAUAAAAUCAUUGACUGUGGGAAAGCGUUCUACCAGAACAGACAUCUUAUUGGGUGUUAGCAAUUGCAUGCUGCUUUGUAAACCACUUUUUAGUACUCUGACACAUACAUAUGGUUAUCUUUUGCCCUGGUGUGAUGGAUAAUUUGAAAAGAAGUGGGUUUAUGUCACCUUCUCACCUUCUUGUAAGAAAGCUCUGAGAAUGGGCAUUUUUGCAUUUUGUUACUGUUGUUGUUGAGAUGGAGUCUGCCAUUCAGGCUGGAGUGCAGUGGCAUGAUCAUACCUCACUGCAGCUUCAACUUCCUGGGCUCAAGUAAUCCUCCCACCCCAGCCUCCCAGGUAACUAGGACUAUAGGUGUGCAACACCAUGCCCAGCAAAUUUUUAAAUUCAUUAUAGAGUUGGGAGGUAGGGUGUGGUGGCUCACGCCUGUAAUCCCAACACUUUAGGAGGCCGAGGCAGUGAAACCCCGUCUCUAGUAAAAAUACAAAAAAGUAGCCGGGCAUGGUGGUGAGCACCUGUAGUCCCAACUACUCAGGAGGUUGAGGCAGGAGAAUGGCGUGAACCCGGGAGGCGGAGCUUGCAGCGAGCCGAGAUUGCACCACUGCACUCCGGCAUGGGUGACAGCAAGACUCCAUCUCAAAAAAAAAAAAUUAUUAUAGAGUUGGGGUCUUGCUACAUUGCCAAGACUGGUCUUGAACUCCUGGGGUCAAACAUCCUCUUGUCUUGGCCUCCUAAAGUGUUGGGAUUAGAAGCAUGAGCCGCUGUGCCCAGCCUGACGGGGCCUUUUAGUGGGAGGAGUUGCCAUUACACUAUGUCCAGUAAGCUCCAGACUUUGGAAAAGAUUGGUGGACGGGAAUGCUAUCAUGGAUGGGAUCUUGCCAAGAACCAUGACAUGUUAAUUUAGUUGCUUAAACAAAAGGUGUUCUGUUUUUUAACUACUGUGUCUUUACUUUUUAUUUUGUUGUUCGUUGUUUUUAUUUCAAUAUUCUUUUCUGGGUUUAUUUGAGACAAGUUUUCACUCUGUUGCUGAGGCUGAAGUGCAGUGGCGUGAUCAUAGCUCCCUGUAGCCAGCCUUCAUCUCCUGGACUCAAGCAAUCCUCCCACCUCAGCCUCUCCGGUAGCUGGGACUACACAUGUGCACUGCUACCACACCCAGCUAAAUUUUUUUUUUGCAUUUUUGCAGUGAUGGGCUUUCACCAGGUUGCCCAGGCUGGUCUCAAACUCCUGAGCUCAAGCAGUCCACCCGCCUUGGCCUCCCAAAGUACUGGUAUUACAGGUGUGAGCCACCGUGCUGGGAUUACGGGUGUGAGCCACUGCACCUGGCCUUUAUUUUAGCAUUCUGUUCAGUGUUUCACAUUGGCCACUUAGCUAGAUCCGUUUGUCUUCUGCACUACUGUGCCGAUCCAGAGUAUAUGCUAAGACAAAGUGCUUUGGAGGUAAAGUUUAAAAAAUACAAGGGCUUCAAAAUAGUACUAGUAAUUUGAUCCAUUCACAAAAGGACAAAGUCUAGACAGAGACGUGAAGAAUCAUGUACGUGAUGAUUGGGGUGUUCCUAUUAUGUGUGAUUGUGUGUCUUUUGCCAUUUCAUUUUGUAUUGCUAUAAUCAUUUUGACAAUGAAUACAAAUCAAAUAGCACUCAAAAUCGUGACGGAUAUGGAACCUCAUUGAUGAGUCAGGAUAGACUGUGGGUACCUAGAUGGUAGAGACACAGUAUAGUAGGCUUUGGGACACAGAGGGUGGAAUGACCUUUGGUGGCCUGGGAAAAGUCCCGCCUGUGAGAUGCCCCUAGCAAAGUUGAGAUCAGGAGUGCCGAUGUGCAUUAUGAUCAUGAACAUGUAUUGGAUGCUUACUGUAUAUCAAGCACCAGCCAGGUACUUCCAUGUUGUUCUUCAUUUAGCCCUCACGAGCCCAUGAGAUAAUCACUAUUCACAUUCCAUUUUACAGAAGACAAAACAGAAAUAAUUUGCUCAAGGUCACACAAUUAGAAAGUAGUGGAAUCUGGGCUGGGCACGGUGGCUCACAUCUGUGAUCCCAGCACUUUGAGAGGCUCAGGUGGGUGGAUCAUGAGGUCAGGAGUUCGAGACCAGCCUGGCCAACAUGGUGAAGCCCCAUCUCUACCAAAAAAUACAAAAAUUAGGGAGGCCGAGAUGGGCGGAUCACCUGAGGUCAGGAGUUCGAGACCAGCCUGACCAACAUGGAGAAACCCCAUCUCUACUAAAAAUACAAAAUUAGCCGGGCAUGGUGGUGCAUGCCCGUAAUCCCAGCAACUCGGGAGGCUGAGGCAGGAGGAUCGCUUGAACCCGGGAGGUGGAGGUUGCUGUGAGCCGGGACAGCACCAUUACACUCCAGCUCUGGGCAACAAGAGUGAAACUCUGUCUCAAAAAAAAAAAAAAAAAAAAAAAAAUCUGGGCGUGGUGGUGCACGCCUCUAGGCCCAGCUAUUCAGGAGGCUGUGGCAUGAGAAUAGCUGAGGUUGCAGUGAGCCAAGAUGGUGCCAUUGCACUCUAGCCUGGGUGACAGUGAGACUCCGUCUCAAAAAAAAAAAAAAAAAGUAAUGGACUCUGGAUUUGACCUUGAGCACCCUGUACAAAGCCAACACCUCAUUUGCCAGGCCAGUAACUGUUUUCCAAAUGUUCUCUUGGAAAGCUGGGUGUAGUGGCUCACAACUGUAAUCCCAGUAUUUUGGGAGCCUGAGGUGGGAGAUCACUUGAGCCCAGGUGUUCAAAACCAGCCUGGGCAACCUAGACUCUGUCUCUGCAAAAAAUACAAACAUUAGCCAGGCAUGGUGGCUCAUGCCUGUAGUCCCAGCUACUCUGGGGGCUGAGGUGGAAGGACCGCUUGAGCCCAGGAGGCUGAGGCUGCAGUGAGCUGUGAGCACACCACCGUACUGCAGCCUGAGUGACAGAGCAAGACCCUGUCUCAAAAAAAUGUUACAAAUUUUCUCUUAGGAGUCAGCUAACUUUCCUGUGAAUCUUCCCUUUUUCCUUGAGCUAAUGAGGGAGGUUGCCCGUCAGAUCUCCUUUCACCCAAAUGGAACACGUUGCUUUUCCUUAGAGACCCUUGAUCCAUGGUCGGUCUAGACCCUAUUGGGUUGAUGAGUAAGUUUCUUUAGGAGCUCUGUGAACAACUUUGAACUGGAUGCAAAGUGUGUGCUGGUGCAUUGAUGUGUUUUUUUGGGGAAAGCAUCUAUAGCUUUCAGCAUAUUCUUGAGAAGGGUUUGACUUAGAAGUCUCCUGACUGUACUGUUUUCAGUCUUGUUAUCUCCCUCCAGCAAUUAUAUUUUAUCUUUUGAGAUGGAGUCUCACUGUGUUGCCCAGGCUGGAGUGCAAUGGUGAGAUUUCGGCGCACUGCAACCUCUGACUCUGGGUUCAAGCGAUUCUCCUGCCUCAGCUCCCAAGCAGCUGGGACUACAGGCAUGCGCCACCACGCCCGGCUAAUUUUUUUUGUAUUUUUAUUAGAGAUGGGGGUUUCACCAUGUUGGCCAGGCUGGUCUCGAACUCCUCACCUCAAGUUAUCCACCCGCCUCAGCCUCCCAAAGUGCUGGGAUUAGAGGCGUGAGCCACUGAGCCCAGGCACACUAAUUUAUUUUUAACUGGAAGCUGCUUUCCUAUGUCAAUCCUCUAAACAUUAGUUUUUAUAAAAGUGUGUAAAACCUUCCUAAGAAAGAUAAAAAUAAAUUUAAAAAAUUGUUUCUAAAUAAAA